CCGGCGGGAACGCAGCGCUCCGCUCCCGGAGGAAGCGGCCCGGGGCGGGGCGGCCGCUCGCAGCCAUGCCGGGCCCGGGGCGCUGAGCCUGCCCCGGCCCCCGCCGCCCCGCACCAUGGAGGAGGAGAGCAUUAAGCAGAGCUCCCGAUCCUCUGAGGCAGCUGAAGAUGAAAAGGACCAGCGCACGGUGACUGUCAACCACUCUCACAUGAAAAAGGCAUUCAAGGUCAUGAAUGAAUUACGGAGCAAACGGCUCCUCUGCGAUGUGGUGAUUGUGGCUGAAACUGUGGAGAUGGAAGCUCACCGCGUGGUCCUUGCGGCCUGCAGCCCCUAUUUCUGUGCGAUGUUUACAGGAGACAUGUCUGAAAGUAAAGCCAAGAAGAUUGAGAUAAAAGAUGUUGAUGGGCAGACCCUGAGGAAGCUGAUUGAUUAUAUCUACACUGCUGAGAUUGAGGUCACGGAAGAGAAUGUGCAGGUUUUGUUGCCAGCUGCUAGUUUAUUGCAAUUGAUGGAUGUCAGAAAAAACUGCUGUGACUUUCUCCAGUCUCAGCUGCACCCCACGAACUGCCUUGGGAUCCGAGCUUUUGCAGAUGUGCACGCGUGCACCGAGCUGCUGCAGCAGGCAAAUGCCUAUGCAGAGCAGCACUUCCCUGAGGUGAUGCUAGGAGAAGAAUUUCUUAGCCUUAGUCUGGACCAGGUUUGCAGUUUAAUAUCAAGUGACAAGCUCACAGUCUCCUCUGAAGAAAAGGUCUUUGAAGCGGUUAUUUCUUGGAUAAAUUAUGAGAAGGAAUCUCGCUUAGAGCACAUGGCUAAACUGAUGGAGCAUGUUCGCCUGCCCCUUUUGCCCAGAGAUUAUCUUGUACAGACAGUUGAAGAAGAAGCUUUAAUCAAGAAUAACAACACCUGUAAAGACUUCCUUAUCGAGGCCAUGAAGUAUCAUUUGCUUCCCCUGGAUCAAAGGCAGCUGAUAAAGAAUCCCAGGACAAAGCCAAGGACUCCCGUUAGCCUGCCAAAGGUGAUGAUUGUGGUGGGCGGGCAGGCGCCCAAAGCCAUUCGCAGCGUGGAGUGCUACGAUUUUGAGGAGGAGAGGUGGGAUCAGGUUGCUGAGCUUCCCUCCCGGAGAUGCAGAGCAGGUGUGGUAUUUAUGGCUGGCAAUGUUUAUGCUGUUGGGGGCUUUAAUGGAUCUUUGAGGGUACGGACAGUCGAUGUGUAUGAUGGUGUGAAGGACCAGUGGACAUCCAUAGCCAGCAUGCAGGAGAGACGAAGCACUUUGGGCGCCGCGGUGCUCAAUGACCUCCUGUACGCAGUGGGCGGCUUUGAUGGCAGCACUGGUCUGGCAUCAGUUGAGGCCUAUAGCUAUAAAACCAAUGAGUGGUUUUUUGUGGCUCCUAUGAACACAAGAAGAAGCAGUGUUGGAGUUGGAGUUGUGGAGGGUAAGCUGUAUGCUGUGGGGGGUUAUGAUGGAGCAUCCCGGCAGUGCCUUAGUACCGUCGAGCAGUACAACCCAGCCACCAAUGAAUGGACCUACGUGGCCGACAUGAGCACCCGGCGCAGCGGUGCAGAUGGUGCAAGUUGGAGUACCUCCACCAGACUGAGAAUUUCACCCAGUGUUGGUGUUCUCAGUGGGCUGCUCUACGCUACCGGGGGGCACGACGGGCCCUUAGUAAGGAAGAGUGUGGAAGUCUAUGAUCCAGGAACAAACACCUGGAAGCAAGUAGCAGACAUGAAUAUGUGUAGAAGAAAUGCAGGUGUGUGUGCUGUGAAUGGUCUCCUCUACGUGGUAGGAGGAGAUGAUGGUUCCUGUAAUUUGGCUUCAGUGGAAUACUACAACCCCACCACAGACAAGUGGACAUUAUUACCAACCAGCAUGAGCACGGGCAGAAGUUACGCAGGUGUGGCUGUGAUUCACAAACCAUUGUGACACAUGAUCAGGCCAAUGUGAGGAGCAGAAGUGAAGUGGAUCCAGCUAGGUGGUGUUGGGAAGAUGACUGACCUCUGACUUGACCCAUCUCAUUGCUGUUCACGUCUUAGCAUGACAAGUGAUACGUUACAAACAUCAUCUGCUCUGUGGUGGAUUGUGUAGCGAAGUGAAGAUCCCUCUGGGGACGUGUUCCAUGCUAGGCACGAGGUGUUGCUUGUUAUCUGUGGUACAAUCAAGUGUUCUUCUCAAUGGCUAGUGUCCUGAGAUAAACACUGUGCUUGAACUGCAGGCACUGAAUUUCUUGUGUGAAACAGAACUUCUACGUUUGGGCACGUGAGUAAAAAUGAACACUUCUGGAUUUCUUUACUACUGAUGCUCUGUACACAUUGUUGAACUAUUUACUCACUGUGCCUGGAGGGUGGACAUUACUACUGGCAGUGGAGACUUCUGAGUACCAAGUGAGAAAAGCAGUCAGCAGAAAUGGACUGGAACAGGGUGCUCUGGCUCGAGUGCGACGCUGUCUCAGUCAUACGUUUGUAUAUGCCACUGGCCUACUGUCUGUAUCCCUCCAGUGCUUGUCGUGUGGUGGAAAUAAAUACCGUGUGGUUUUUCUACUUGCCAUGAAUGCUGUUUGCUGUACCUGAUGGGACCUGCUGGGCAGUGUCUUCCCUGGGGCUGAAGUCUCAGCACCUGAAUCACGCAGAUCUUCGCAACCCCACAAAACGUGUGCUGCUCCCGUGGGGUUUGUUGCUCCUGUGGAACAAUUGUUGCUUGAAUAGAAAGUAUUCCCAACCCAUUGCAUUUCAGCUGUGCUGAAAGCCCCAGUUCUAGCUCUGUCCAGCAUCUCAAUGCCAUUUCAUAAUAGAGCAUUUAGUUGUUAAAAAGAAGUACCUUAUGGUGCCAUUAAUGCAGAGACAUGACAUACAGCAAGAACCCUCUGUCACCCAAGCAGGGAUUAAUGAGCAAACUAAAAUACCUGCAGUGUUUUAAUGCUUCCAGAGGAUGAAGAUUAGCUAAUCACUGUCACUGUAAUUGCUAUUUUCAUCUUGCCCGUACUGAGGGCGUUCCUCUGUUAGUGUGAAGAGUUCAGAAGAUUAUUCAAACAGACAAAUCUCGAUCCAGCUUUAAAGAAGCUCUCUUGCUUCCAUCCCAAAUUCUUAAAGCUUUCAGUUUAAGAUGAUGUCUGACUUCAAAAUACCUUUUUGUGUCUCCUUGUGAGCUCUGGCAUGCUCCUGCCUACAGGGGUGGAUUCCCAAAAGACUCCUCAGCUCAAGACAACUAAUGAAGAAAACUAUUUUCUCUCCUUUUUGGUUUUUUGUUUCCCCACCCUGAGGAUCAGGUGAGGCUUUCUGUGGUGGGCAGCUAACCUGCAGCACUGAAUCUGCCUGUGUUACUCUUGAGCUCCAGCACUGACCAGUGUUGUUUUGCUGGUUUCUUUCUCCAUAGAUCUCCUAUCAAAAAGGCUCUAUGGGACCUUCUACAGUAGAAAAGUACUUAAAACUUUAUAUCAGAGGGAUCUAAGGCUGCAUCACCCUGUCUGGUUUUUGUAGAGGAGCGUGUUACUUCUGUAAAUAAGCAGACUUUCAGUGUUGGAGUUAACACAAUCCAUGUAAGAUGGAUACCUGCUCACUCUGGGGGAAACAGCACCUACCUUGGCUGUGUCACCUCCCACAGAGGGGGCUGACCUUCAUGGGGAACAUUAGGUAAUUCCCACUUCACUUUGGAUGUUCUUGUUUUUACAAACGUAAGCAAACUGACCAUAGAAAUAGCAGUAUUAUUCUUCAUGUCUGCCCUUCCAUUCUAUGUCAGCUCAGAGGUCUUGAGGAUAAUAACAAAAAAAAAAAAGUCUUUUGUAUAAUACCCUUUUUAAGCCUUUUGCUUUGGGUUCUACAAUCUGCAAUGAAAUGUGCCAAAAUAGUAGUAUGACAUGCUGCUUUUCUAUGAGGUGUUCCUUAUUGUAAAGCAAUGGAGGUUGGUGGGAAGGUAUCCCUGGUGGGACCUGCCCUCAGGUCAGAGUCCUGAGACACAUCUUUACAAUGACAUCAGCAAGAUGAUGCCUCGGGUUGGAGUGACUGAAAUUCACUGCCCCAAAAAGCAGACAUCAAAAGAUGCUUUCCUUUCAUGCAGUCUGUGGGAAUAGAGGAUAACAUGGGACAGGCAGAAUGUUUUGGUCACAGUCAGCGUCUCUUGUUAGACUGAGAUGGCAGGACAAGGGUAGACAGGGAUUUGGGCACACAUGGCCCUUGUUAGGUCUGGUAUAGAAAUAGGGAACAUGAGGUUAAACAGCUACUGUAGAGCCCACCUACAGCUCAAUAGCUGGGAGCAGUUACCAGCUCACUUUCCACUUGGAGCAUCUGAGGCAAAGGCAAAGAUUACCCAGAGACUAAGAGUUUCUGUGGGCUGGAGAGAAAAACUGGUAGUUACUGCUAGGGAGGUUGGUUUGAAAUUUGCCAGGUUUGUUAGAUAUGAAAGGUGAAUAUCCCUGGAUAACAUAUCCUGCUGAACAUGUUGGAUAUUUUUUUCCUCUGCUAUACGUCUCUUUAUAAACCUUCCUUGCUUAUAAGGAAAACAGUUUUUGGGUGGUUUUCUGCUCUUGUCAAAUGGCAUUUCUGCCUGCUCCUGGCCCAGACUUGUGGCUUGCUGGACAGGGCUAGGACUUGCCAUCCUUGCCAGGGGUGACAGCUGGUGUUCCCUGCUGCAGCCAGCUCUCCUCCAAGGCCAAUGACACGUUUCUUUCUUCCCUUCUCCAAGGUUGCAGUGUUAUGCAAGUCAAGUGACCUCAUUUUCCAGCUAUGCAAUAUGAACAACCAUAACGUGAUGAACCAGCUGUAUCCCCCCCCCCCCUUGAAAUGCUUUUAGGAUUUGUUCCUCUUUGGUGUGUGGUUUCAUGUUUGUAUUGUUAAUUCUGAGCACCUGAGCCAGAUCCUGUACAGAUUGCCUUUUUCUAGGACUGAAAACAUAACAUUAGAGCUAAUAAAUUUUACUGUAAAUAUUUUUAUAAGACAAUUUUAAAUAAUAUUUUGAUUGCUUUUUAUGGUCGUCAAUGACAGUGCUGGUAAAUUCUGGAUCUAAUUCUUACAUUCCAGUGCAGUUUUUGCUGGCCAUGAUGUAGGUGUGAAUCUCUUAAGUUUUCUGCACAAGAAAUUAAACGUUACAACUAAGAUCUGGGAUAGCUCUUAUGUUGAUUCUGAGCUUGUAGAAGGACAGCACUGGGUUCAACAUUGUGAGAGAAAUUCAAAUCCAUUACCUCAGUCACCAGUACGCUCUUAGAUGAUUAGUUAUUUUACAACAAAUUCAAUGCUCUGAUUUAAUUUUCUUGUGCCAUGUGUUUGCUUCUCAGUCAGCUUGGUGGACAAGCUGUCUCUCAGUGGUUUAAUUUCUCAGCUCUUGCGUGAGCUUGGAGGUGGAGGAUGCCAUGUACACAACAGCACGGGUGCAAACCCCCAGGCUGCCAAAACCAGUUAAAUUAUUGCAGAUUUUGUACAAGCUUCACAAAGCAACUUGAGCAACUUCCUCCCAGUGGUCCUUUGUGAAUAUGGAAGCUUUCCUCAGCUCUCUCUUGGUGUCAGCCCUAUUUGGGAGUCACUGUGUGCUGAGCCCUUGUGGGGUGCUGGCUGUGGGUUUCCCAAAGGUGACUUUGCUCUUGUGGAGAAAGUGUCCCCCAGGGAGGGGCACCCCCAAACCCAACAGCAAACCCAGGGGUGCAGCCACUGCUGGCCUUGCAGAGCAGGCAGAGGUUGAGCAGGAUCGAUUUGCCUUGAGCAAUCUGUUGUUGAAACAAGUUUGAAUCAAGUCCAUCUUUUCCAUUUGUGCCUAAUAGAUAAAUUGGGGGUGAUUAAAACCAAUUUUCAGUUCAUUCAGUUCACACAAAUACUUUUUUGUACAGAUGUGUACAGCUCUGUAAUUACUAUCAACACUCUUGGCAGCAGUUGUGUGACACCACCGUGAAGGCUUAAUUCUGUUCUCUCAUUUGCAGUGUUUGGAGAUCAAAACCCUUAAUAUCCAGCCAUGUGUGAUGCCUAUUUAUCAAGCUAACAUGAUGGUUCAACAGAUAAAUGCAGCUCGGUUUUAACCUUUGGGAUUCAUUACUAAUAAAAUGUAGUAUCAAAGCAGUUGCCCCCUUGGCUUGACAUCCUGCCCACAAAUCACAUUCACAGGAGCAUAACUGGUUGCUCAGAGCUAAGUGUUUGGGAGUGUGUUAGACUUUAUAGCCUGGAAAUGAGGUAAUUCACUUUUUUCCCUCUGCCCUUAUCAUUGUUUAUGGGUCUAUAAAUUAUUCUCUACAGUAACAAUAAAUUAAUAUUGAGAAUAUUAAUUUGUGACUUUUAUGUAUAAAAAGCCCUUAAGAGUAAUGGACAAUUGUGAAAUAAUUUACCUGGGUGUGAAAUUCUUUGUUUUUGUGAAACAGAGUUUGUUGGUUCAGUAGCUGACAGUAUGCCCUAAUGAGUUGGUUGACUGUUCAAGCUCAUUUUUUUAAUUAAAGAUUUUUGCAUGAAUGUGAAGGACUGGAGACUUUGCAAAGUAAUUCUCUUGACAGCUGUCUUGUCCAGUGCGAUGAACGACUCAAGAAACAUUCUUUACUGACUCAUUUCUAUUAUAAACGAAAAUCACGUUGUAGUUCCCUGUCCUUUGAUUUGAAUAAAAACUGGACUAAUGAAA